AUGUCCGAAAAAAGAGAUAAAUUAUGUUCUCUUACCUACACUUGCAUGAUCACAGUCUGCUAUUUGGGAGCCAUAGGAUUGUGUCGGACUGUGCUCUUCUCAAAUAUUCUCAAGAUAGACGACAAAGUAAUAAACUCAGUUUCAUUGGGCAUAUUCAGCCUCGUUUUUUUGCUUGGCCCCUUGUCAUUGCCAUUCUUUUAGAAGCUGAUCCUGAAACUCACCUACAAAGCAGUGUUUUUUAUCACCAGUCUAGCCAAUAUCUUUAGCAUGACUCUGUACAUCGUUGUCAUUGAACAAAAACCCAAAGACAUUUACUUAAUUGCAACAAUCCUUAUAUUCGAGGCUAUCUCAGCCCCCUUUAUGGCCAUCUUCUAUUGCGCAUUCAAUUACUAUAUUCGUAGCAUGUCGAAUAAAGUCAAUGUAGGCAUCUACUUCGGCGUUGCUUACUCAUUAUUCAGUAUGCAAAACCUCAUCGGCGAUAUUUAUGUGAUCUUUGAAGGGAAGAUGUUCGAAUACAAUCAAUACUUCUAUUAUCCCAUGCUUGGAGUAUCCUUGCUCAUAACAUUCCUAUAUUGGUUCAUCAAAGAACCAGACUCAUUGUCAAAGUCAGCAACCAAACAAAGCAUUGAUUUAGAAUAGAAAUUAAACGAGCAUUUGUAUGGUUCAUUGAUGGAUGAUGACAAUUAAAAGAAUUAUGCUAAUAAUAACGAAUAUGGCAAUCAAUUUAGGCUAAUUUGGAAAAUACCUAAGCAGUACCCUCAAUUUGUGUAUUUAAUCCCUACCAUCAUUUCCAUUGGGAUGUUCGCUGCCUUCAGUGUAGUGUACUCGUAGGAUAUGAUCGAACCAAACUAUACGAAUGUCUAAUAUUUGAAACCUGCCUUAGUUACCAAUCUCAGCAUUCAUGGGAUUGGAUAAUUCUUGGGAGGAAUCCUGAUUGGCUUGCUUUCCUAUUCCUACAGCUACUUAAAUUUGUUAAUGGCAUUGCAGAUUUUUGGAGCGACAACCUAUAUAUUAUCAGUAAAUUUGAUUGUAUUAAUUAAGGAUUGUUGGUGA